AUCUAGUCUAGUUGAGGAAGAUAGCUCAAUGAGUCAUUGGGUCAAAUCCCCUAUAAAACUCCCUAUAGACCCAACUUUCCUCAUUCUUUUUGCUACUUCUCCUUACUAGGGUUUUCGAAACCCUCGCCGCCGCCGCCUCUUUUUCCCUUCUCUCUCAAAUAAACCAAAUCAAUGGCGGAAGAACCACAGUUCGGCGGAUCAGACGCCGUCGGUGGUGGUGCUGGCAACAAGAGGAAGUACGAUGAUCAAACGACGCCGUCUCCUGGUACACGUAGACCUACUGGAUUUUCUGCUCCGAUCUCUUCGUUAUCUCCACCUGAUGGUAGCGCAGCUACUGGUGGUGGUGGUGGUGCGGCGUCGUAUAAUAGUGUGCCGCCGCCGAUGGAUGAUUUUCAGCUGGCGAAACAGAAAGCGCAGGAGAUCGCUGCUAGGUUGUUGAAUAGUGCUGAAGCGAAGAAACCUAGAGUUGAUAAUAACGGUGCUGGUGGUGGUACUGGUGCUGGUGGAGGUGGAUUUGAUUCGCUUUAUGAACACAAGCCCGUUGUUACUCCUUCAGUGACAAGUUCAUAUGGUUAUCCGGGGCAAAGCAAGAAGAUUGAAAUACCAAAUGGCAGAGUUGGUGUGAUUAUAGGAAAAGGUGGGGAGACCAUCAAGUAUCUUCAACUCCAGUCUGGAGCCAAGAUUCAGGUUACUAGAGACAUGGAUGCUGAUCCUAAUUCUCCAAACAGAGCAGUUGAACUCAUGGGUACUUCAGACCAAAUAUCUAAGGCUGAGCAGUUAAUUAAUGAGGUUCUUGCUGAGGCUGAUGCAGGUGGUUCUGGUCUAGUUUCCCGGAGAUUACCGGGACAGCUCUCUGGAGGAGAACAAUUUUCCAUGAAAGUUCCUAACAACAAGGUUGGACUUGUUAUUGGUAAAGGAGGUGAAACCAUAAAAAAUAUGCAAGCAAGAACUGGAGCACGCAUUCAGGUGAUUCCUUUGCACUUGCCUCCAGGUGAUACAUCACAAGAGCGGACUGUACAAAUUGAUGGGUCAAGCGAUCAGAUUGAGGCUGCAAAACAGCUGGUGUAUGAAGUGAUUAGUGAGAAUCGUGCUAGGAAUCAAGGAAUGUCCGGAGGAUAUCAACAAGGUUAUCAGGCCCGACCUCCUACAAGCUGGGCUCCACCUGGUGCCCCAAUGCAACAACAAGGUUAUGGAUAUGCUCAGCCUGGCGCUUACCCAGGUCCAUCCCCCCAGUAUAAUGCAUCUCAACCACCUUACUCUGGCUAUCCUCCUCAACCUGCCUCUGCUGGAUAUGCCUCUGGCUGGGAUCAGGGUACUGGUCAAAAUCAACAAUCUCAGGCCGGUGGAUAUGAUUACUACAACCAACAGGCCCCACCACAGCAGCAGCAGCAGCAAACGGCUGGAGGUCCAGCUGCUUCAACUGAUAAUAGUGGUGCCUAUGGUUACAACCAACAUUCUGCCUCGGGUUACAGCCAAGGACAAGCUUAUUCCCAGGAUGCGUAUGGUGGAUAUCAUGCACCUGCCCCUCAGUCUGGUGGUUAUCAGGGUUCUGGUUAUGAGCAGCAACAAGGUUACGGCUCUACUGCUGGCUAUGGGAAUACCUCAAACCCAGCAUCGGAGGGCCAGAAUUCGGCAUAUGGUACACAAAGUGAUGGCAGUCAAGCACCUCCACCCAUUCAGUCAUCAGCCACGGGUCAACAAGGUUAUCACUCUGGCCAGCAGCCCAGCCCUAAUCCUAGUUACCCAUCUCAAGGCUCUGCUCAGGCAGGAUAUGGGGUGCCCCCAACUUCUCAAGGUGGGUAUGGUACACAGCCAGCUGGAGGAUAUGCUGCUAGCUAUGGGGCCCCUCAAGCUCAAAAGCCUCCUAGUCAGCCAGCUUAUGGUCAACCGCAGCAGUCUCCUAGUUCACAAGCUGGUUAUGCUCAGCCUCCCCCAGCACAGCCUGGGUAUCCUCAACCAGCUGCUCAAUCAGGUUAUGCCCAGGCUGAUCCCAGCGCUCAGCGACCUCCCACUUCUGUUUAUGGUGCUCCACCAGCUCAGCCAGGUUAUGGUGCCCAACCCUAUGGCGCUCCACCUAGUUAUGGCCAGCAGCCACCUCCUUACAGCAGCUAUGGUGCUUACUCCCAGCCUCCAGCAUAUGCUUCUGAAGCAACUCCACCCUCCCAGUCUGUUCCUCCUGGUGGUGGGGUUGCAAAAGCAUCACCUCAGAGUUAAUGUCGGCCCCUUUGGUAAUGAUGGUUGAGAGGAUCUCUUUGAGACAAUUUUACUUUUGUUGCUUAGUUAUCUUUAGGUUUUGUAGUUAUAUCAAGCAGUGUUUUAAACUUAAUAGUUUGUUUUUGUCCUAUGGGCUGCGUAAUGUUUUCCUAGUUAUGUUUUGCACUCUGUUGGAUAUAUUUUCAAUUGAAGUUAUUGGAGUUUAUGUA